ACAGCUGAUGAGUCAAGUAAAUAACAAUGGGAAUAUUAGCGUCUGGAUUGGACUGAAGAAUACAGGUGUUUAUAAAUGGAAGUGGUCUAUGGGUGAUCCUGUGAACUAUAAUAACUGGGAAGAAAACGGUGACAUUAAUGGUGAUGGUAAUUGUGUAUAUAUGAUAAAUGGAGAAUGGCGUCAUCAGAACUGUGGUCAAAAGCAAGGGUUCGUCUGCUACAAUGAGACCACCAAAGGAUUCAUCUAUCAAACUUCUAAAACAACCUGGAGAGAUGCUCAGAGUUUCUGCAGACAGCAUCAUACUGAUCUGGCGAGUGUGAGGAACCAGAAUGAGGGUGAACACAUUAAGAAGAUCAUUAAUAACAGUCAGAUAUCUGUCUGGAUCGGUCUGUUCAGUGACUCAUGGGAGUGGUCAGAUAAGAGUAACUCUGGCUUCAGAUACUGGAGUUCUCGUGAACCCAAUGGUGGUGGUACUGAUCCAAUGUGUACAGAAGUCAAAAUUUAUGAUCAGGGUCAAUGGAAUGAUGCGGGUUGUGGUCACUCUCAGACCUUUGUAUGUCAUGAAGAUAAUCUGGUAUUGAUCAAUCAGAAUCUGAGCUGGUCUGAUGCUCUGAGUUACUGUAGACAGAAUCAUGUGGAUUUGGUUUCGGUUGAUUCAGAGGAGAUUCAGCGCUGGGUGUCAGGAUUGGUUCAACAGGCCUCUACUCCAGAGGUGUGGUUGGGGUUACGUCACUCCUGUGCUCUGGGCGUUUGGUUCUGGAUGAAUGGACAGAUGGUUUGCUAUCAGAAUUGGGUGAACAGUACAGUAGAUAAGAGCUGUGACACUGUGAGAUCUGGAGCAGUUCAGUCUGGAGGAGAUCAGCGCUGGAUCAGCCUUCCUCAAACUGAACUACGCAACUUCAUCUGCACCAAAUCUGAAUAAUGAAAUCAUCUGCGUCUUACUGUUAUAUACAACUAUUAGUUAUUUUUGUUGUUUUCAUACUGUUUUGAAUUGUUUGACAAUGUGGGAAUUUGAAGGUUUAUUAUAGAUUAAAUACAACUGUCAUUGUCUGAAUCAAAUAUAAUGUAUAAUAUCUUUGGGGAUUAAACUUUUUAGUGUUAAAUAACUUUCUGUGGUAAUCCAUAGCAUACAACUCAGCAUGCCUUCUGUCCAAUAUUUACCCAGCAUGGGUUAAAAAAUAUCUCAGCAGAAUUUAGAGUGAAAAUAAAAUAAAGGUUUGUUUGUAUCUUGUAUGUGUUUGACUAAUGUAAAAUAGUGUAA